AGUAGAAUGAAAAAGGUUUGACAAUACUGAUCAUAAAGAUUCUAGUAUUCUACAGGACAAAGUGUCAUAAGAAGCACCAUAAUUUUCUAGAUCUGCUUAUGACAUUCUGAACCAGAAUUUUCAUGGAGAAUACGAUGCUUACAUCAAAGCAUACCUAUAGCUACAGUAAAAGAACCUGAUAUCAUUUCAACAAUAGUAUAGAUGCGUUUCAUGCUCCAUCUAUAAGUAAACAGAGAGGCAGAAAGGUUAGCGAUACACAAGCAAGAGACAUGGCACGCACAUUGAAGGCCACAUUUGCAAGAUAUAAGCCCCAUCUAAGCAUGAUUCUAGUGCAAAUUUUAACUGCAAUUGUGUAUUUCAUUACAGAAGCUGCAUUCAAUCAAGGGCUAAAUACAUAUGUCUAUGUCACUUAUAGAUUCGGCAUAGCUUUCUUGGUGAUGUUUCCUUUUGCCUAUUUUCUUGAAAGACAAUCAAGGCCAAAGCUAACAUUAGCACUGUUUUUGGAGUUAUUUGUGGUUUCCUUCUUAGGGGUUUGUUUAGCUUUUAACAUGUUCUUCGCAAGUCUGAGAUGCACUUCUCCAACAUUCGUUGCAGCAGUGUACAACACCGUUUCAUCUUUAACUUUUGUAAUUGCCAUCUUGUUCAGGAUGGAGGUUGUUGAUGUAAAGAGUCCUCGUGGGAUAGCCAAAAUCCUUGGAACCUUAAUAUCCUUGGCAGGGGUCACUGUCAUCACUUUGUACAAAGGACCAGCACUGCAAAACUUGUGGGAUGCUCCAAUUCAUAUGAAAAGACUUUCUAUUCAUGAGAACUGGGUGAAAGGGUCAAUCCUUACAAUCGCUAGCUGCAUAGCAUUUUCUUCAUGGUAUAUUAUACAGGCAGUUACUCUGAAGAAAUAUCCGGCACAACUGUCACUAACAGCAUGGAUGGACUGCCUUGGGGGGGUACAAUCGGCUGUAUUUGCAGUGAUCUUACAGCACAAACCGGCAGCAUGGUCUAUUACCAUGUUCAGUAUUGAUUUCUGGGCCAUUACAUACACUGGAAUUGUUUGCUCUGGGUUCGUCAUCUUCCUUCAAAUUUGGUGCUUGAAGGAGAAAGGGCCAGUGUUUGUGUCCAUGUUUAAUCCUCUUCAAACAGUUAUGGUGGCAGUUCUAGCAUACUUUAUCUUUGGUGAAAAACUAUAUACAGGAAGCAUACUGGGUGGAGUCACUGUUAUCAUUGGCUUAUAUUUGCUGUUGUGGGGCAAAGAAAAAGAUCAGAGCCAAGAGCAAACUUCUUCACAUUCUGAUGAGAUAAAGGAAAUAGAUAAGAAGAAGGCAGGUUCAACAGUGAAGGAGGAACCGUGAAAGAGACAUCAAAAAGCUUUUGACAGAAGAUCAGAAUGCCAAAGCAAAAUAACUGUCAAUUGUCAUCAAGUGUAAUAAGACUUGCGGUUUUGUGAGAUUGAGGGUAGCAAUCUUUGUAAAACCAAUCUAUCCUUAUUCAAUUCCUUUACUUUCCUUUUCAGUAUUAUUCUAACACUACAAAAUUCACUCAACAUGAUAACAUAUUAUUGCUCAUAACUAACAUGAUAACAUAUUAGUUCUCACAACUAUGACAGAUGCUAAGAUGCUAUGUAUCCCUUGAUUAGAUAAUUUCAACGGAAUUUAAGCGUCAAAUCUAAGAAGAGUUUGAAUCCAAGUUGAGCUCAUGUAAUCACUUUUAAAAUAUAGUAUCAAAUACAUUUGGAGUUCAAAUUCCA